UUAACGGUUUAUAUUAUUCUGUAAAUAUGUGAAUUGAUAAGGACCCUCUGCAUUCUUUCCCUCCAUUCGUAGAAUCUUCAAGAAAAAACUAAAACUUACGGAAUCUGCCUUUCUUUAUAAGAUCCAAGUGGGUGAAAAGAUGAAUACCCAUUAUAUUGAGGAAAAUCAAAGACUCUAUGUCGGAAAUAUCCACAAUAGUCAUAACGAUUGCUCCAUUAUUGGCGAAAAAUUCUAGUACUUAGUAGUUUUGGUUUUGGCUUGUACUUAUUUGGCUUAGCAGGGGGAAAAUAUAUAUAUACAUCAAUAGAGUAACAUAUGAUGCACUCUGUCAUGCUUGUAAUUUUCGUUGUUCUGAGGGUAUAAAAGGAUGGGAUGAGGUACUCAUUGUAAUUGGGUUCAUCCAGAGAGCGAGAGAGAUGGAAAUGUUGGAGGUUGGACCCUGUGAAGAUGCAUACGAGAUGGGGUACAAGAUAGGCCACAGGUUUUCCAAGCAGAUAAGAAGCAGGGUUGGCUCAGACCCCACUCUCCGCCACCACCUCCUCCCUUUUGCCCUCGAUACUACUGCUCCAUCACGCCAGCAGCGCCUCAUCAGCAACCUCACCGAUGCUACCCAGCACAUGUUCCCAAGGUACUGGGAUGAGCUCCGAGGGACUGCAGAUGGAAGUGGUGCCCCUCUUCUUGAGCAACAAAGCCUCCGAAGCAACUCAUCUGCGUGUUCGUUCGUUCAAUGCCCGUCUGCAGAUAAUACUGCUCAACUUUCGGAAGGAGAUACUUCCAUUUCUUCCAAACUCAGAUCAGAUAAAUUCGAAGGCCGGCACCAACACUUCCGAUGACUGUUCUGAUGUUCUUGUGGUCAGCGACUCCAUGGCCAUUGCAGCACACAAUGAGGAUGCAAACGUCGCUCUGGUUGGCCACACUUAUCUGAUCAGGGGAACUCUUCCGGAUGGACUGUCCUUCACUGCUUACACUUAUGCAGGAGAGCUACCAAGCUGUGCAUUUGGAUUUAACAGCAAUGGAUUUGCAUUUACCCUCAACUCUGUGCCCCCAUAUGAAGAUGAAAUCGUGGCUGGUGGGAUUGGAAGGAACUUCAUCUCUCGAGACCUACUUGAAGCGACGAGCAUCGAUGAUGCACUAGUUAGGAUUCGUGCAGCAGGAACUUCUGUGGGGCAUAGUUACAACCUGAUUGACAUAAAAACGCGUAGAAUUUUGAAUGUUGAAACUGCAUCCAGGAACCGAGUUUCGAUUCAUGAGGUCGGCACAGUCCCAUUCUUCCACGCAAACAUGUAUCUUCAUCUCCAAAUUAAGCAGGUACAUGAUGAGAACUCAAUGAGCAGGCAGAGAAGAGCUGCAGAGCUACCAAAACAAUCAAAAGAUGAUUUCCUCUCACUGCUUGGAGACAGGGACGAUACAAGAUAUCCCAUCUACAUGACAGGUCCAACACUUUGCACACUAUGUACGGCGGUAAUAAAUUUGGAUGAACAAACACUGUCUAUCAUUGAAGGGAAUCCAAAGAAGGGAGAAGCUUCUUAUGCAUUCUCAAUGACCUAACUCAAAAGAGUUCAAGGCAGCUGGAGGUUACUGAGAGAAUUGUUAGCAGCUAAUCUAGCCCAUUUGGUGAAAUGAAAGCCAAGGAUAUGUCUUAAUAUCUCAUCUAUCUGGGACAGUUUACCCAUAUUAUUUCAUAGUAUUCCUGUUUUCUGAAUAUGACAUUGUACUGCUUAAGUUUUUGACAAUGUCGAAGAACCUCCUAACAUUAUAUUUUAUUGACAAAGUAAGUUUUCCGU